UCCGCACCCUUCCUGACCUCCCCGCCGCCUGCCAAAAUAAAUCCCUCUGCUCUGCAGACCCGUCCCCCCAAUCCGAUCAAACGCUAGGGUUUCAAGCCUCUUGCCCUCCUCCCCGCCUCUCCUCCCCAUCCUCCUUCCACCAGGCAGCCGCCAUUGACGCGGUAGCGCACGAACUCCCCCCAGAUCUGACAAGGCCACCCCGCGAAUCCUCACCUGACACACCAAGUCUGGUCAGAAACGGUGAAGAAUUCGAACACGAUCUUAAGCAUCGUUCACUAAGACCACACACAUCUGCUUUCCCCUACUUGUUUUUGUGUUUUUUCCCUCUCGUUUCGGACGAUUCGUAAGAACAGAUCUGCAAGCGCGUCUUGCGGAUCUACCUGUGUGAGAACCAGGACGCCCUUGAACGAACUCAUGACCUGAGUUGAGGAUCUGCUUGGCGUCUCCGGAUCUGGUUGUUGUUUUUGUUGGAUCUAGAGAGAAAAUGUUCAAGUCGAUGGUUUAUUACGGGAACACCUCGAUCGGGGAGGUGGAGGUGUGGCCCAAGGGCGAGGCGAGCGCGGGCCUUGCCGUGGCGGUGUGGGCGCGAGAGAUCCGCGUUGACCGCCUUUCCCCUCCCAGCGAGCGGUGCCCGCCGCUCGCCGUCAUGCACACCGUGGCCGUCGGCGCCCGUUGCCUCGUCAUGGAGUCCAGGCCGCCCACCGCCGACGUGGCGCCGCUGCCGCUCGUCGCCAUGCACGCUGCUUGCCUCAGGGACAACAAGACUGCAGUUGUUCCACUAGGAGAUGAAGAGCUGCAUUUAGUUGCAAUGACUUCCAGAAGAAACUUGGCAAAUCAUGCAUGUUUCUGGGGCUAUAAAUUGCCAUUUGGUUUGUAUAAUUCUUGCUUGACCAUGUUAAAUCUCCGGUGCCUUGGUAUCGUUUUUGACCUUGAUGAGACAUUGAUUGUCGCCAAUACAUCACGGUCUUUUGAGGACAGAAUUGAUGCACUUCAAAGAAAGCUGAGUAAUGAGACUGAUCCGCAGCGCAUAAGUGGUAUGUUAGCAGAGAUCAAGAGGUAUCAAGAUGAUAAGUCCAUCCUAAAGCAAUAUAUAGAAGGUGAUCAGGUCUAUGAUGAUGGAAAAGCGUAUAAAGCGCAACCUGAGGUUGUUCCACCAUUGUCUGAUAACCAUCAACCAAUAACACGUCCAGUUAUAAGACUACAAGAGAAAAACAUUAUCUUGACAAGAAUAAAUCCUCUGAUAAGGGAUACCAGCGUUCUCGUACGGUUAAGGCCAGCCUGGGAGGACCUUCGCAGCUACUUAAUUGCAAGAGGUCGCAAACGUUUUGAGGUCUAUGUGUGUACGAUGGCUGAGAGAGACUAUGCUUUAGAAAUGUGGAGGUUGCUUGAUCCAGAUUCAAGAUUGAUUAACUCUGUUCAACUUAAUGAUCGAAUGGUGUGUGUAAAAUCUGGUUUAAGGAAGUCCUUGCUAAAUGUUUUCCAUGAUGGUUCUUGCCAUCCUGGAAUGGCAUUAGUAAUUGAUGAUCGUCUGAAAGUUUGGGAUGAGAAAGAUCAAUCUAGAGUUCAUGUGGUUCCUGCGUUCACUCCAUAUUAUGCUCCUCAAGCAGAGGCAAACUGUUCUAUCCCGGUUCUGUGUGUCGCCAGAAAUGUUGCAUGCAAUGUCAGAGGCAGCUUCUUCAAAGACUUCGAUGAAGGUCUCUUGCCCAGGAUUAGCUAUGUUCUUUAUGAAGAUGAAGUAAAUGAUAUCCCAUCUGCUCCAGAUGUUGGCAAUUAUUUGAUAACAGAAGACGAGAAUGCUGCAGUAGUGAAUGGAAAUAGAGAUUCAUUGCCUUUUGAUGGUAUGGCAGAUGCUGAGGUUGAGAGGAGAAUGAAGGAAGCAUCUAGCAAUGCUCAAGCAUUCCAUCCAACAGCAGCGAACUUUGUGAUGCCAGUAGCCCCUGCACAUAAUUUUGUUUCAUCUUCAGUGGCACCUUUAUCCCCACCCCUUGGCAUGAUGCCGCCUCCAUUCAACCAACCAAUUGUUCAACCAGGUUUUUCAGAUCCACUUCAAGGUUCUCCAGCUAGAGAAGAGGGUGAAGUUCCUGAGUCUGAGUUGGAUCCUGACACAAGGAGAAGGCUUCUCAUAUUACAGCAUGGUCAAGACACAAGAGAUCCUACGCCUCCACUCCCGGUUAUACCGCCAGUGCAAGUUCCAGUUCCUCCAGUGCAACCUCAUGGAGAUUGGUUUCCCACAGAUGAUAGCAUGAACUCAAGUAAUCUGAAUAGAGGUUCAGCAGGUUUCUCUUUAGAAUCUGAUACUAUGUUCUAUGAGAAAAAGCAACAACCUCAUUCUUCAUUCUUUCUUGGUGGGGAUAAUCCCAUGUCCUCUGAUAGAUUUAGCUAUCAGAACCAGAGGUUUCCCUCUCAGCUACCACGCAAUGAGGAUCGCCGCAUGCUUCAGAACCAUGCACCUCCAAAAUACAGAUCCUUUUCUGGCGAGGAGCUAGCAGCUCGGCAUGUUCCCUCAAGCCAGAGAAACAGCCAGUUAGAAUCAGGAAGACACUUAGCACAACAUGCAGGGACCUCUGCUGGCAUAUUAGAGGAGAUUGCAUUGAAGUGUGGAUCUAAGGUGGAGUACAGGUCAACAUUAUGCGAUACUGCAGAACUACAGUUCUCUAUCGAGGUUUGGAUUGUUGGAGAAAAAGUUAGUGAAGGGAUUGGUAGGACCAGGAGAGAAGCACAGCGUCAAGCUGCAGAGAUGUCUUUAAGAAAUUUGGCCAAUAAAUACCUGUCGUCUGAUCCAAAUAAGAUGACUGAUAUGAAAGAAAAUGGUUUUGGUAGCAACCAGAACUUUUUUGGGUACCCUGGAAAUACCAGGGAUGAAAUGUUGCCAGUUUCAACUACUUCCGAGGAAUCUCGCUUUAUGAAAAUGGAGGAGAAUAAUUCCAGGAAAACAGGAGGUUCUGUUGCUGCUCUCAAGGAACUUUGCACGGUUGAGGGAUAUAACUUGGUUUUUCAAGCUCGUUCGUCUCCUCCAGAUGGUUCAGCCGGGAUAGAAUCUUAUGCUCAGGUAGAAGUUGGUGGACAAAUUCUAGGCAAAGGAGUUGGGAUAACAUGGGAAGAGGCCAAGCUCCAGGCUGCUGAUGAGGCUCUUGGAACUUUAAGAUCGAUGCUCGGUCAACUUGGUCAGAAACGGACUGGUUCUCCGAGGUCGUUGGCACAAAAUUUUAGUAAGCGCUUCAAGCCAGAUUUUCCAAGGACUGUGCAAAGGGUUCCUUAUGGUACAUAUUCCAGGGUAGAAGGCCAUGUUCCUUGACGAGAAUUUCACAUAGACGAUGUGCCUGAACACUGGACUUUUUAUACUGGAUGAGAUGUAUCAGCUAUCAACUCCUCAGAGAAUCAGUACAAAUCCUGGAUUCCCGACUUCUGGUGAACUUCCAAGGCUCUAGCCGGCUGCUGCCGGAUAUGGAAGCGCCAAGAAACUGUGAAGUAUAAUGGUGACCAUGCGGAAUUUUGGUCUGGGUUUCAUCCCCGUGUUGUUACAGUUGGCUCACCAUGUUGGCGUAAUCCUUGUGGAUCUGGAAAUCUAAAUCUUGAAUCAGGGGUUGAUGCAGUUUCAGUUCAGUUUGGUGUUUGCUAGAAAAUCCAUGGAUCGAGGAGCACAGCUGUAGUUAGUGGACAUUUUGCUCUUGUUCUGGUGAUAGUUGUACACGUGUAGCUUGGGGUCCUAGCUGUAAGGUAGCCAAUUUUAUUAGCGUUCUAGGGCAGGGGUUUUUGCUCGAAACUGAGCACUUGACAUGUAGUCAUCUUUGUAGUUGUAAGCAGCCAAUUUUAUUUGGUUUUAAGUUAGCGGUUGCACGAAAUUCAGUAGCUGACAAUAUCUAUUAUCUUUUAAAAAGAUAAAGGUACCACGUUAAUUGGUGGAAAAAGAUAUAAAUCUACGCUGUUGAUUA